AUACGUACGAUAUCUGUCCACGUCAGUCUAUGACUUUUGUAACAUAACCUUAAAAUUCGUGAUCCGGUAUUCAGUCUUGCUAAUGAAUAAGACAUUUGCGUACAUGUUAAUCUUUGUAUAUAUUGUAUAACAUAAACAAGUAAAAUAUUGCAAGAUGAAUUGGACUUUGUGGCUUUUUAUAAUUGGAUUUUUCGGUUGUAAAUAUAUACACGCUCAACAACAAAGAGUUCCACCAGGAGUGUCACCCCAACAUUAUCAACAACCUGUUCCACACGUACAUCAAAUGCCAGAACAAAUUCCUCAACAACAGUUCCAACCAGGACAGGUACCUAUGCAACAAGUUCCAGUUCAACAAGUGCCUAUACAACAACAGCAUAUGCAAACUAAUCAGGUACCAGUUCAACAUGGAUAUGAACAUUCACAACCACUACUUAAUGCUGCCAACAUAGUUCAUGAAAAAGCACAUAUUGCAGAGCAUAUGGAGAUUCCGAUAGAUACCAAUAAAAUGUCAGAUCAGGAACUGCAAUUUUAUUAUUUUAAGAUGCACGAUGCUGACAAUAAUAAUAAAUUAGAUGGUUGUGAACUUAUAAAGUCUUUAAUUCAUUGGCAUGAGCAAGGAAAUAUAGAGCUCACUGGAGGCAACACCAAUCAGAAAUUAUUUAAGGAUGAUGAAUUGAUUUCUUUAAUAGAUCCAAUACUUCAUUUGGAUGAUACUAAUAAUGAUGGGUAUAUUGAUUAUGCCGAAUUUGUACAAGCACAGCAAAAUACAGCUACUGGUCGACCAUAGUUGAAUACAAUAAUACAAAGUUCAAGGUUAUUAAAGGAUAUGUUUAUUUCAUUUUGAACAAACGUACAGUCCCAUUUAUAAACA